AUGCCUAACACCAGUCAGGGCUGGGAUAGAGACUUUAGUCGAUUUGAAUCAACGGUUUCCAAUUUAUUUGACGACUUCUUCAAAGAUCUCAAUGUGGCCAGACGCACAGGCGGUUUAAAUACCAGAGGCAAUAAUGCAUCGUGGGUACCUCAUAUUGAUGUGCAUGAAACCGAAAAGGACUUCGUGGUAAAUGCUGAACUACCUGGUGUUGGCAAAGAACAAGUCAAUGUCGAUGUUCGCGAAAAUGUUCUUAUGAUUUCGGGUGAAUCUGCUCAAGAUCCGAAAUUUAAAGAUUGCAAGACUCAUAUCCAAGAGCGUCGCUACGGUCAAUUCUCUCGUGCUAUCUCUCUUCCGCCAUACUCCAGGUCCGACGAAAUCACGGCUAAAUUUGAACAUGGCAUUCUCGAGGUGACAAUUCCGAAGGGCGAAGCUCCCGGUAACAGGAAGGUUACUGUUCAGUAG